AUGAUUCACAAUUUUAAUGCUGAGGAGAAGCUUUCUACAAUUAUUGGUAGAAAUACUGGAAGGAGGAAAUCACUUAGUCUUGAUGAUGAAUAUCAUGACAAGGAACCACUGCAGGGUUUAGAAGAUCAAUAUGAGAAUGCGAUUAAGCUUAAUAUUUCCAAAUCAUCCAAUUUGUAUGAUGCAGAUGAUUCAAAAUUUAUUUUAUCCGAAAGUAUGCUUCAGUCUUUUGACAAUGGUCAACAACUCAACUUAGAGCCACUAAUGACGAAGUUGGACCAAAUUCACAAUGCAGCACACAUCAGGCUUCGGAGAAGAAAAAUAAAAGACCACGAUAUAAUCGAAAAACAUUCUUCCAAAACAGAAAAGGAUAAAUUCAGGUCUGGAUUUGGGGAUGUCAAGUUCUACUCUGUACUGUCAACUAUUUUUGAUUCCGCUUCUUUCAAAAAUUCAGAAUUCUAUGGCAUAUAUUUACUUUUUUGGAUAGGAACAGGUUUCCUUAUGAUGAACAAUAUUGUCCAAUCAUAUUCUGAAACUAGUGAGGGAUUCUUUGAAACUGCAAUCAUGCGGACUUUAACUAGGGAUAUAGUAAAGAUUGGUUUUACUGACUUAGCGAUGUAUCUCGGUACAUAUUUUGCGUUUUUCCUCCAAUACGCAUGUCUGAAGGGCUGGGUUGUGUGGGAUUCAAGUGGUUGGAUAAUUCAAUGCGUCUAUAACUUUAUCCAUUGUGCGUUCUGGCUCUAUUUUGCAUCUGAUCUGUGUAUGUCUUAUCCAUGGAUUGGUAAGGUGUUCUUGAUAUUACACAAUCUCGUACUAAUUAUGAAAAUGCAUUCUUAUGCGUUUUAUAAUGGUUACUUAUGGAAAAUAUUGGAAGAGUUGGAAUUUUCAGAAGAUUAUUUGGAGAGAUUAACUAAUGGUAUGGUUAGAUUGCCAGAGAAGUAUGACUUGGAAAGAACAAAAAAUAUU